UUUAAAUUUUUUUUUUUAUGAAUUUUCUCAUAAACGCUACAUAAACAAUGCAUGCAUUCAAAUAGUGGCCAUUUAUUUGGUAAAAAUGUAGGAAUCAUAAAAAAUGAGCAGGAAGGCAUAUUUAAAAUUCUUUCUAUGGUUUCGUAAGUAUGCUACCCAUAUACGUUUAAUAACUUUAGCCUGAAAUGAUCACAGCUGGGGAUCUACAACUCUAGCUGCUGCAGCCUACAAUUCAUCCCCUCAAAGCCUAAAAGGGGGGCUGUUGGGGGUUGUAGGGCAUUAGCCAGGGGGUUAAAAAAAUCCAAGUCCAAAGGUUUCAAAUGAAUGGUAUAGCAGCACUAAGCCACAUUGGAAGCUGUAAUGUUGGCCAGUUUAGCCCAUCAAAGCAGGAAUAUCUGCAUGGCAACUCCAGCAGUUAUGCAUAUAUAAGGACAUGCAGUUAAUGAAGCACUGUUUAUCUAUUGAUAUUUACUCCAAUUGACAUUUAUAGAUAAAAAGGGAGUUUUUUUUAAUUAAAAAGUCAGACUUUUCUGUCAGGGAAGUUGUUUUGUGAUCUGAGCCCUGUAGCUGCCCAGCUAUUGCCUUACUAUACACCCCAUCACUCUGUUAUAAGCUGUAGCAGUGGGAGGGCUGCUGGCAGUUGUAGUUCCUUGGCAGAUGGUGGGCCACACGUUAUAGAUGACAAGAAUCAAGCUAAGAAGCCACUACAUUGUGACCAUGUGGAUGUUUGUCUCCUCAGAUGAUGUGACCAACCCCACCCCCUGUGCUGGCCAGGGCUUCCUGCUCCGCGCUGGUAGCGCUUCAAGUCGAGCUGUGCGCGUCUGUGUGAGCGGCCGGCUCCUCUUCUUCUCCAAUCCCCUGGCUGCCGAACCGCUAAAGCGCCGCUCCGCACACUCAGCUCGCCAUCCAAUCUGUUCCGCGCAGGCCCCUUACGCUCCAAGCUCUCCAGCGGCCUGGGAUAAACACGCCCCCUAGCGGCCGGAUUGCCCAUGAUGAUGAUGAUGGAGAAGGACAGCUUGGCCGAUCAGCAGUACGAGUGCGUGGCUGAGAUAGGGGAAGGGGCGUACGGCAAGGUGUUCAAGGCCCGGGACUUAAAGAACGGAGGUCGCUUCGUGGCGUUGAAACGAGUGCGGGUGCAGACCGGGGAGGAGGGCAUGCCGCUCUCUACCAUCAGGGAAGUGGCGGUGCUUCGGCACCUGGAGACCUUCGAGCAUCCCAACGUGGUCAGAUUGUUUGAUGUAUGUACAGUUUCACGGACAGACAGAGAGACAAAACUUACACUGGUGUUUGAACAUGUUGAUCAAGAUUUGACCACUUACUUGGAUAAAGUACCAGAUCCUGGCGUUCCGAGUGAAAUUAUAAAGGAUAUGAUGCUACAGCUUCUUCGAGGACUGGAUUUUCUUCAUUCCCAUAGAGUGGUUCAUCGAGACCUAAAGCCUCAAAACAUUCUUGUCACCAGCAAUGGACAGAUAAAAUUAGCAGACUUUGGCCUUGCCAGAAUCUACAGUUUUCAGAUGGCACUCACAUCAGUGGUGGUCACCUUGUGGUACAGAGCCCCAGAAGUCUUACUUCAGUCGAGUUACGCCACGCCAGUUGACCUUUGGAGUGUUGGCUGUAUAUUUGCAGAAAUGUUUCGACGAAAGCCACUUUUUCGUGGAAAUUCAGAUGUUGAUCAACUAGGAAAAAUCUUUGAUGUCAUUGGUCUCCCAGAGGAAGAAGAGUGGCCCCACGAUGUGGCUGUACCAAGGAAUGCCUUCCAUUUUAGACAGCCUCAACCCAUUGAAAAUGUUGUUCCAGGUAUAGAUGAGCAAGGCAAGGACUUACUUAUUAAAUGCCUGACCUUCAGUCCAGCCAACCGCAUCUCUGCAUACAGCGCCUUGUCCCACCCUUACUUCCAUGAUUUACAGAAAGGCAAAGACAGUGUAGACUCUCACAGGCCAAGCGGCCAGAAGGGGGUGGAUGAAGGUUCUGCUGGAAAGAAGACUGCUUGAUGUAGGGGAGGCACCUGGACAAAAUGGGGUCUUGCCAGAACCCAGUGAAUGUGGAGCUGCUCACAGAAUCUUUUUUAUUCCCACAAGCAUCUCUUUCUGAAACACUGCUACCGUUCCUCAAAUCAAUGCAAGCCGAGUGCAGCUUACUUGUCUGUCUUUUGAGGUUUUUUUUGUUUUUUGUUUUUUUAAACCUGGAGGAAUUCCAGUUAAAAGUAAAGCUGCUGAUUUUUUUGCUGCCUUCUUAUUGUCCAGCAUCGAAGCUGCCAUAUCAAUUAGAUUAACUCAGUCACUGCCAAAACAGGAUGGACUCUCUAUCUACAGCUGCUAAAGCCAAACUGGCUACCUAAUGAGCCUCCGCCUUAUCACCAGAGCUGCCUUUAGGGGAUUUAAACUUGUGGCCCCUCAGAAUGGCAGUUGUGGGGAAGGAACUAAGUAGCUCAACAGUGGUAUAGUCAGUGUGGGAAAUAAUGCUUUAUGUCAGUGUUACCCAACUUGCAGCCUUUCAGUUGUUGAAGUGCAACUCCCAAAGGAUGUUGUUGGCUUCUGGGAGUUGUUCUCCAUCAGCUAAGGAGGCUCUACGUUGGGAUUUUCUAUGAAUUAAAUAAUAGGGCCACACAAAAUCCAUUUGUCCAGGGUCCCAACACAACAAAAGAAAUUCCUGAUUAUUAAAGACUUGAGCGGUACGUCUAGUAAGUGUUACUGAAUUAGUUAGGGGUGUUUUUUAUACACUCAUAUACUCAUAUAGCCAGUCACUAAGUGAUACCCUGUGUAUAAGCAGAGAGAAAAUAUACCAUGUUUAUAGGCACUGUUUAUCUGCUAUUUAGUCUUUGGUUGCAUGUAGGUUUCUAUUCAGUGGGAGCUGCUACAUGAAUAGAGAAAUUCUCCUUAUACAUAAGAGGUGUCAAACAUGCAGUCUUCAGCUACAGUGUUCACUGUUGACUGGUAAGGCAUGAAGAUACAGUUCAACAAGAGCAGGAAGGCUGAACUUUAUACAUUAGUAGUGCCAUCUAUUCAUGAACACACACGUCUAUGGAGAAAGCGACUUCCAAGGAAAGCAAAAUAUGGUGGGCUGCCAUAUUCUAGUGUCUAAAGAUGGGCCCUGACUGUUAACAGAAGACAUAUUCUUUUUUUUGUGAAUUUGUGUGCUGAGCAAUGAAGAUUCUAAAAAGGUUGGUUCAUAUUUAAGUAAGCAUUUAGCCUGUGAAAGGAGUUAUAACAAAACUCAGUGCAUCAUAGGGCAUCAUCUCUGCAAUAGAAAAUGCCUCAGCUGUAUGAAGCAACAGCACAUGAAUGCAGAGAGUUUAAAGGCUUGUUCAACAGCAGGCAAGACUGCACCUAGAAAUUGUAUGUAUUGCCCCAUAUAAAGAAGAAUGCUGGGCAAUUGCAAAUUAAUGUACCAUAAUCAUUCUGACAUACGGUAAAUCAUAUCCACCAACCUUUUUACACCCGUAAAAAAAAGCAAGAGUCCAUCCAGUCCAUUUCAGGUGCUACAACCCUAUAAAUGUGCUGUAUCCUGCCCCAGGGCCAAUAGAAACAUUGCUUUCAGCAACAACUCCAGGAUAAGCUUGAACCUAGAAGGAACCCUUCCUUACAGAGCUCUCAUAUUGCUGAGAACCUGCACCAUGAAUAAGGGAGCACAAAGUGUAGUGGCAGUUGGGUACAGACACUACUGGACAUAUUUAUAAAGGUGUGUAAAUGUGACACUGAAAAGAUGGUGUAAGAAGCAAUGCAAAAUGAAUGGUGCAUAAAUAAAGCUCUACUUUCCCUUGUAUCAUCUUUAUAAGCACAGAAACAAUCAGUGACAUCUUUUGUGCUUUUUGUUAAUGCCAGACUAAAAGAGAAAAUGAUGCCAUUAUUUUAGAGACUUAGGAUGCAAAGAAAUUGGGACUUAAAAAGGGGGUGGUACUUAACAAUUGCUAUUUUACGCUAGCAUGUUACACAUUGCUACACGUACUUGUCUCUAUCUAGCUUUAUCACUGGCUUUGCGUUAAUGCAGCCUGCCGUGGCGAUAAAGUGCUAGUCUGUGGUGCAUUUUAAUGUCUGUUUUUUUUACACACCUUUAUAAAUAUGGCCCUGUGAGUAUGUAUAUACAAGGUAACAUGCUACAUUAUAGGAACCAUGGUACUGACUACAUGUGCUAUACAUACACAUGUAUGACAUAUUUCUCUAGUCUAAUACUGCAUACACAAACACAUUUGUCUGUGCCAAGCACCUAUAUACACCCCACAUGCCCAGAACGUUGACCUAACCCCUCCACUGCAAGCAAACCCUGAAACAAGCGCUGAAUCCCCACUACCUCUAUCAUUCAUGUUCCACCUAUUGCUUUCCAGUUGGUGGCUGCCUUUACAAUGCUUAAAGAACAGUUCAGUGUAAAAAUGAAACUGGCGAAAUAAACAUGUUUUCAAUAUAAUUAGCCAAUCUUUUUACCCAGUUUUAUAUUACACUUAACUGUACCUUUAAGUUCACGUGCUUUAAGUGCUGAUCCCCCAGGCUUCUAGGCUUUUGAUGAAGCAGGGUAAUGCAAUAAAUGGGUUGACCUGUUUGUGGACUCAUGUAAUGAAUGGGGCAACCCUUAUUUUCCCCGCCUACCUCUUUUGCUGGGAAGUGGAAACUAUAUGAAAUAAGGUGCUCAAAGUAAUUAGUGAAGAGGGUUUGGAAGCCGUUAAAAAAAAAAAGAUAUCCUAAAAAGCUGAAUUCCUUUCCCUGACAAGUGUGGGUGCCAUAUGCAUAAGGAGUUCUUUCAUUGCUUGUUGUAUUUUCUCAGUGGAGUGACAUAUUGGUACAGGAAUCACGGCACCCACUAAGGUUUUGUGGGGGGAAGGGGGUGCUGAAAACAGUCCUGAUUACAAAGCCAGUUUAAUGUUGAAUCUUUAUAGGCUAGUAGAACACCACAGAAUCAUUUGCAAGGUCUAAUGUGAAUUUAGCGGCAUAACUAGUGUGUGCCAGGCCCUCCGCAAAAACACUUUUGGAGUGGUCCAGUGCACAGAUAUCCCUACCAGGCACCCCACGGACUGGGCCUCCCUGACACCGCAGGUUCUGCUUCCUCUAUGGUUAUCCCACUGUGUGAAUUUUAUAUGAAGGGCUUGGUGGUCAGCAGAGAAAUUUGCACAACCUCGGAUUAUUUUAUUCAUUUUUUUAAAACAUAGAUGCAAUUUUACCUUGGGCUGUAAUCCACAAUGGCCACAAAUAUGAGCUGUUAUUAUUCUAAAUGGAUUUGGCUGAAGAAAGCUAAUUGCUGAUUGGUUGGCAUGGGUUACCGCACUUGCCCAAUGCUGUGCCUAUGUUAGCAAAUUUUCCUUCAACUAGCCCAUAUAUAAAACCAGCCUAUAUAUCUGAUAUUGUAGACAUUUACACACACUAUGGCCAUUUAUAAAGGAGCCUGUAUGUUUUGGCAUGUGGUAUUUUUACCUUUCUUAUUCUGUCUCUCCCCUUGGUGCCUGUGGCACUGCACCCCCUCCGUAGCUCUGUGGCGUAUUUACCUUCCUGAAGGAAGGAGGAAAUGGAAGUGAUGCUUUGUACAUGUGGACUAGUUACCAAGUACCUUUAUUUUUUAGGAGCUUGGUUUAAAGGCAUAGCGUUGCAAGACCCCUAUACAAUCUAAAUGCCAAUACAGUGUACCAGGUGUGAUCUGCACUUAUCUGGCACGUGCCCUGUGGUGUAGACACUAGGAUAGGCAAACGUGUGGGAAGUGGCUGUUGCAUUGUACUUACACGCCAUCACACAUCUGCUGAAUGCCUAGUAGUCAGGACUUAUUACCCCAACAUGGCAGCCUGCACUAGCUGAUCACACCUGGCAGAGCCCCCGGACAAAAUUCUGCAUGGCAGAAUGAGCUGUCUGCAGCUUGUGUGGGGGUGCUCUAACUUACAAUCCAGUUCUACAGAGCAUUCAAUGACAGUGCUGGAUAAGUUAACCCUUGCAGGAGCUUGAUUUGUUUGACAAAUGUGAUGUAGAAUCUCUGUAUGUAAUUUUUGCUUGUUAUGAUUCCACUUUUACAUUGAAAAAACAAUUUCAGGUUCUUUCUUGUUCAUAAACUUAGAAGCACAUCUUUACCGGUUGAGGUUGGAAUUCAUAUUUAGUAAGCUUAAUGUGAAAAAACAGAGUUUCCCCUUUAUUUGUGAUUUGCCUAUCAAUGCCGUGUGAUUCACAUUUUCACCAUCCCACUUUUCAUGAUUUAUGCUAUAACAAAGUUGAAUUGAUAGGAUGUUUCAUCUCUCCUCCUCAGAUCUAUUGAGAUACCACUGUAAUUAAUGGGGGUAAUAGGAUAAUCGUUUUAUAUAAUGUGAGAGUUCAAUGCGACAGCACGGCCCUUGUCACUUCCUAUUGCGUUGUGGUUGCCUACAGACACUUCAGGGGCAAGUACAAGGUGUGCUUGUUGGCCAACAGCUGGAGGGCUGCAGGUUGUACAUGAUGGUCCCAUUAUGCAUGCUACAUAUCUAACCAACCUUGUGUAUUCUUUGGUGCAUGUACGAGCAACUGAAAAAUAUGUCCUAAUAGCUUCUCUAAUUGUCUUUAAUUAACUUGUUCCCACUAAUAUAUAUAUAUAUAAUUUAACUUUACUACAGCACUUCUUAAAUUCAAAUUCAGUGUGUGGGUAUGUUAAAUAUUCUGGCCUUGUGCAUACAUGAAGGUGGCCACUGGUAUAUUCACCCUAGCGGAAUGCAGUUCUACCUCUUGCUUGCCUCGUGUAUCCCGUGUUCCUGGCUUCCAUCUCCAGCACCUCCUACUAAGUGAAGAACUUCUCUCAAUUAUAGUUCCCUCCCUACUUCCUUCCUUCUCUCUCAAUUCUGUUAUUGUUAUUAUUUAAAAUAUGAAAUCUUUUGUAAAAAAACAGAGGGACAUGACAAUGAUUAAUUGUGAUGUAUCGCUAAUAGUCAGUGAGGGGCCACCUCCACUUGACCAUGAUAUAUUGAAAAUUGCUGCUUUAAAGUUUGUUUGUUUUGCUUUGGGCAUUCAAAUCUUCUGUAAUAAAAUAAUACAAAAACA